AAACUGCCAUUUUGUUUGAUACAAUUAUAAACAAUAACAAACCAACAAAUUGAAGAUAAUUUGAUAAAUGUACGCGUAAUAAUAAACGGAUAUUGAAAGAAAAAAAUGAAAAACAAAAAAUUUAUACUAGAAUUUAUUGAUGUUUAUCGUAAUCUGCCCGCUUUAUGGCAAACUAAGUGCAAGGAAUAUUACAAUAAAAAGGAAAAAGAUCUUCAGUACAAGAUACUGCUACAAAAAUAUCGAGAACUAGAUCCAAAAGCCGAGAAAAAAGAUGUUGCAAUGAAAAUUAACUCCUUAAGAACGGCCUAUAGAAAGGAAUUAAAACGUAUUGAAAAAUUAGAGGAAUUAGGAACGAAUAGCGUUGGUGAAACGGAAUCAAAUUUGUUUUUCUUCGAAGCAUUAGAUUUUAUACGUGAAAGUUUAAAGCCAAAUGUAUCACAAAUGAUAGCAGGAGAUGGUGAUGAAAAUGAAGUAGAGAAUAACAUAAAACGUAAAAAACGUAAAGCAGAUCCGGCUGAAGAAUUAAUGAUUUUGGCAGCAAAACGUCUCAGUCAACCACCAGACGAAUGUGAUAAAAUUAUCGAAAGUUGGGCUGUUAAAUUUAAAAAUAUGAGUCCAAAACAAAGACUUUAUGCGGAUAAGUUUAUAAAUGAAAUUCUUUUUGAAGGUCAACUGGGAAUGUUGCAUAGAAAUUCGAUGAUAUUAAAUGUUUUAGAUGAUUGUACAAUUGAAGAGAAGCAUAUAAUGUAAUAUAAUUACAUAUGUACAUACAUAUAAGCAUAUAUACAUAUGUAUGUAUGUGUGUACAUGUACAAUAAUUUAGCAUAUAUAAUAUGAAAAAAAGUUUAAGUUUUAUUAAAUAAACA